CAAAUCGCGUGACUCUUAUUUCUUUCUUCAGGUGAUUUCUCUACAGCUUUUGUGGACAAUAAUGGGUUUGCAAAUCCGUUGCCAAACUAAGAACUUUGCUUUUAUAUCGCGUGAACAGCAAACUUUUUGAUAACUUCUAGUCCCAUAAUGCACUAAGUCACAUGUUAACGUUUCACGCGGUGUAAUGGUGUAAAUAAUGGCUGACAGAGAGUAGACAUUCAGGCAUGGCAUCGUCUACACCGCUGGAAGAAAACGGAUACCUAGUACGAAAGAGUAGUUCUGAAGAAAACAAGGAUGUAGGAUCUGACCAAGAGUCAUCCCACUACUUGCAGGCUAGACAGAAGCUGGAAAACCUUUUGAACAAGAACAUGCGGAUCAGGAUGACAGAUGGCAGAACUCUUAUUGGGUCUUUCCUAUGCACUGACCGCAACUGUAACAUCAUCCUUGGCUCUGCACAGGAAUAUUUAAAAUCUGCAGACCCCUUUUCAGCUGGUGAGCCAAGAGUCUUGGGAUUGGCAAUGGUGCCAGGACAUCACAUUGUUUCAAUUUCAGUGGAGCUUGAAACCCUGACAUCACCUCAGUAUCUCUGAACAAAGUGCAAACUAAUCCGCUCUCCUGGAGUUUCCAUUGUUACUUGCUGCACAUAUCUUGGCAUUAGCUUUCCUCUGAAACUAUUGUUUUGCUAUCAGUAUAUGUGACAACUAUAUACUGAAGUCUGUGCUCUGCAUUGCAUUAAAAAGUAUACCAAUA